GUCGUUUCUGUGCAUCAGUUUUGACACCUGAAACCUUAAUUUGCUUGUUGUGAAUCUGUGGAAUACUGUUGGCAUAUGAUGCAUAAAGCAAUCACAUUCUUACUGCAAAAAAACUGAUUUGUACAUGUUGUCAGAUGAGGAGGAUAGAACUAGACCCUUUGGGCAAGACAAACCCGAGAUAAAAAGUCCUGCAUAUUUACCACUGGCCAAAUCCAAUGGGAUGCUGUAUUACUAUGGACUCAUAUUAAAGGGUUCUGAAGCAGAGGUCCGGCUAUUUUGUAACUACCAUAAUAUGAAACUGGUUAGCAUUGAGAGUUUGGGAGAAACAGAAUACCUAAUAGGAGGAUUAACAGAGUUCUUGGAUGAAUCUCAAACUAUGGCAUUCUGGACAUCAGGAAAAGGAUACGACCGCAUGUGGUGGUGGGAUUCAUAUGGACAUCCGAUCCACUACACCAACUGGGCACCAGGACAACCUAGUGAUACAAUAGGGAGGAACAACACUUGCAUUGAGGCUGUGCUCAAUACUACAGCACAAACUUUGCUGUGGUAUAACACGGAUUGUGAUGCGGCUAAUUAUUUUAUAUGUGAAAGUAUUAUUGAGUCAUAGAUGUACAGAGUAGGUAUAUCCAAGCAAUGAUUUUUAAAUGUUUCAAGCGUUAUUUUCAUUUGCCAAUAAACAUUGCUCAGUAGUGUAUGUAAA